AUGGCGCAAACAAGACACCCCCAACAGCAGCAACAGCCGCCCCCUCAGUUCACUUCUCAACCUUUCUCUCCUCCAGUCUCCUCUCCCUCACCUCACUCCGUCUCCUCGCCUGUCAACGGAGGUGCUGCACCUCCUCCAUCAAAGCGACCUCGGUUGUCCCCUCUUCCUCCACCUCAGUCCCAGUCGCCCUAUGCUUCGCCAAGCUUUGGAGCGAUGCAGCUACCUCAAACCCAAACUCAACACCAACCUCAACAUCCACCUAUUGUAAACGGAACUGCUCCGAACAAUAUGUCUCCAGCGCCUCCUGGUACUAUGGGGCCGCCUUCGCGCCCCGUGGACAAAACUACUGAUGCGGCGGAGUUGACGGAUGUUCUGGCAUCAUCUGGUAUUGACGUGCGAGAGGAAGAGGCAUUUCUUACGCGCAGCUUCUCGGGGCCUAACGCGCAGGCGCAGCCGGCUUCUCGAGGGCAAACACCUCAUCACCCCCCACACAUCAACACCUCGUUUGCAUCCCAAGGCUCGGGAGGAACCCUUUCGGCAUCCAGCAGCUUUGGUGAAUUGCCGCACAUUAAGCCGGUGAUAUCGCAACAGUCAUACUCCGACCCCGCAUCUCAAGCCCAGGCUCCGUUCAAAGAUCCUAACGAGCCAACUCGUGAGGAUACAGAAGCGGCAAGACGGUCACAAUAUCAUCUGCAAGAGCCGUUCCUAUUCGCCAAAUUGCUCGAACAGAAAAUCCAGAAACGAGGCUUCGACCUGGGUGUUCGUAUUCCCUCUGAGGGCCUUUUCCAUCCCGUUCCCGGUAGGCCACAGCCUAUUGAAGUGACUGGACCUGAUGGGUCGUCCGUUAUUCGCACCGGUCAAACUAUUCUGAAUCAGGAGGGGGCACCGCUGGUGGAUAUUCUGAAUCUGAUGUCUCUUUCUUGCGAAGAGCGACUACGGGGCAUCAUUGACUAUUCCUCGUCACUCUCUCGCAGCAGGCAAGCACAUUCACAUGGUGUAGUUCCCGAUGAAUGGCAGGAUGUCGCCCAGCCUUUGAAUCCCGUGGCUGGCAAUACAGCAACUCCUUCUAAGCGUCCUCGCCCUGGUAGCGAAACAUCUGUCACGAGACCUGUUGCCGAGAAAUACCGCGCUUUUGUGAAUAAAGAGUCAUCCCAGGAAAAUAAACGAGAAGCAAGACGCGUGAAACGCAAUGCUGAUGCGACUGUGGAUGAGAUUACUGGCAAUCGGUCCGACUCUGUUGACGUCACUGGAUCCGCUCCCUCGACACCCAUCGCUGAACGAACCCCCAGUUUCGAUAAGAAGUCCAUUACCAAAAAAGAAGCGAGGAAGAUGGUGGAUUCCAAAGCAAGUGAAGCACAGCAACACCAACAGUCUGUCGAAACAGCCCGUUUGGCUACCAAUAGCAUGCUUUCUGGUCGGAUGUUUGGAACCAAGAAGUCAUAUUCGUGGUUGAAGCCCGGAGGCUCUUCCAGUGGAUUCUCGUCUCCCUCACGUCCUACUCCUUCCACCCCUACUGCCACUCCCGAUAAGGCCGGUCGCUCUGGUGAUACAGCCCCUGGCCAGCCAAAGCGGCGAAUUGGAACAUGGCGCGAGGACAAGGAAAAGGGGGCAGGCAUUCAAGUGCGAGAUCUCUUGUUCAUGCUUGAGGCAGAUGGACGCGGAAUCAAACAUGUGCAGCGAGGCUACUCGAAGGAUCCCAAGGAGGAUCGCUCAACCUGA